AUGAGGGGACGACAGGAGGAGCUCUCUACCGUCGUGGGUUUGGGGGGAAUGCGGGACAACAAGCCAGUGGACACGGGCGGAGCUUUCUCGCGCGGGUUUGAUCUCCUCCAGGGCUACCCCGACGACCCAUUGAGCUCUAUUUCGCAGUCUAAACCGGCUCGCCUGCUCGUCCUCGAAUACACCACCUCGCUACAAUUGGACAGAGCGUUCUAG